AUGUCUGGCCGCGGCAAGCAGGGUGGUAAAGCGCGCGCCAAAGCGAAGUCUCGUUCUUCGCGGGCCGGGCUUCAGUUUCCUGUGGGCCGCGUUCACCGGUUGCUCCGCAAGGGUAAUUACUCCGAGCGCGUGGGUGCUGGCGCACCGGUAUAUUUGGCAGCGGUACUGGAGUAUCUGACAGCUGAGAUUCUGGAGCUGGCGGGCAACGCAGCCCGCGACAAUAAAAAGACGCGCAUCAUCCCGCGCCACUUGCAGCUGGCUAUCCGCAACGAUGAAGAGCUCAACAAGCUGCUAGGCCGCGUGACCAUCGCUCAGGGUGGCGUUCUUCCUAACAUCCAGGCGGUGCUGCUGCCUAAGAAAACCGAGAGCCACCACAAGGCCAAGGGCAAGUGA